AUGGCUGCUCCACAAGAAACACUCAUUAUGGCACUGGCACCUCGACGCCCCAUCCAAAACAUUCUUGAAUUGCCGCUCGAAAUAUUCUUCAUAAUUGCAUUCUUCUUGAACAAUCGUGACCUUGCGAACUUGAGACUUGUGUCAAAAGAUUUUGCCUGGGUCGAAACAGUUUUGUUUCGGAGCAUUUUUAUCAGAAUGUCACCCGACCUGGUGCAGCGAGCUCAGGAUUUCAUCAACACGCGUUCUUCCAAUCUCACUAUUCGCAGCAUCGCAUUCGGCACUAUCUUUGCUGUUCCAGGUGUGAGAGGUGUUAGGACUUGGAGGAUACUUAGAGAUGCCAUCCCUGCAUUUGCCGCGCGCAGAGAUAUAGUUAACCUUCAGACUGUAAGGAUGUGCCCAAGCAGCACUGAACUGAUACCAUUUCUGAACACCCUGCGGCGAUGCGGUAUCACAACAAUUCGAAAUUUAGAUGUUCAGCGAUAUACUGGAGCUCGCGGAAAAUACCCUCGCGAUGGAGCUCAGCUGGCCGAGGUUCUCGCCGAGAUCGAAAAUCUUCGCCUCUCUGUCGAGGACACUUAUGGAGAUUUUUUCUUUGUGCCCUGGCUCCUUGCUGAGUGUUCGAACGUGACGGUCUUCGACAUGUCGUACUGGGCCUAUCCCGGAAGGGCGCCUCGCUGCCCAGAAAACCCUUUCGCGUUAGGACUCGCAGGAGCAUGGUUCCCCCGCCUGCGAUCUUUGACCUUGUCUAAUAUUAGACUGGACCUGCACUCCUUCACUUGGCCGAUCUUUGGCGGUCCCGCGUGCCUCGAAACAAUCAGGCUAUGCAACGUCUUGCUCCAGCCAACGGACCCGCGACGAUUUCACACGCAGAACUGGCCCUAUUGGCCAACUAUCUGGAUAGACGAUGGAUGGGACGCCGUGAUCCGACAGCUGAUUUCGAGAUUUGAAAAUACCCUUACGCGGGUGGAAAUCCGGUAUCCCUGGGAGGCCUCAUUCCGAGAUGGCGACUUCAGGUGGGGUUCAGCCUCAUAUCUCCGAUGCGAUAAUCCAGUUGUGAAGAUCACGGGCUGGGAGGUUGGAAUCUUCUAUUACAUGUAAUGGAGGCGGCACGAGAGUCUAAGGAGAGAUAAGUUUGUUUUUUGCUGGGUGAGAAUGCAGUGGCGCAUUGGAUAGGCGUGGUGGUGGCUCAAGGGUUUCUUUGUUGGUUUAUUUUAUAUUUCCUUUUUCUUUCUUUUGUAAAAAGAGGUCGAAAAUAAAAAGAAAAGUGUUCUACUCUGUAGUGAAUUAGUUAACAGACAAAAUACAACGCUGUUGCUCAAGAAUCAGAAUCAC